CAAAUCUGGAUCGUAUCCUCUGGUCUCUGUUUAAUGCGCAAUACAAUUUUGAGUCCCUUUGUAAUUCUUCUACUGUGUCUCCACGGAUUCCACCUACAUAUAUUCCAUUAACCCUAAUUCGCGCGUUCCGAUCAUCUUUUCGGCCCCUCGGAACUCUGUUUUGACAGGUGGUUUCGAUAGUUUGGGAAGAUGUUGGCCGGGGGGCCUAGGCUGGAGUCGAGUACUCCCACGACUACUCUUGACAAAUUGCAUGAGACUCUGGACAUGUUAGAGAAGAAGGAGAAUGUGCUGAACAAGAAGGUUGCUGCCGAGAUUGAGAGAGCAAAGGGGUUUUUUCUUGCGAAGAACAAAAGAAUGUCCCUUCAGUGUCUGAAGAGAAAAAGGCUUUAUGAACGUCAACUAGACGAACUAGGAGUGGUGCAACUGCGCUUACUUGAUCGGAUGAUUUCGCUUGAAGGGGCAAAGGCUACUACUGAGAGUGUAGAUACAUCAAGAACUGGAGAAGCCGCAAUGAACGCAAUGCAUAAAGCAAUAAAUAUUGACGAAGCCAUGGAUGGAAUCAGCAAGCAAAACAUGAGACAGGUUCGGGAAGCGUUGUCAACUGACGAUUUUGAUGAGGAUGAAAUGGAUGCCGAACUAGAAGCAUGAACAAGGGAUGGAUUAUGCCAAAAUAAAAAAUAGUGAAUAUAUGGCUCCCUUGGAGAUGAUGGAAGUUCAUAUGUACUGACUGCUUUCAAUAUUACUUCAUUGCAACGAAUUAAAAGUUGAUCACUUGUGUCAUUCUAAUAAGAUAACACUCGUAUUGCACUAAAAAAGACAGCGAAGAGUUUCAUAAGGACAUGAAAGAUCUUCAAUGCCGCAGUCCAACUAUUGAACCGCGGGUUUCUGACCAUAUGGAGCAAAUCAAGAAAAUGAUUGCUCAGAUCAUUGAAAAUGGUUGUGCAUAUAUGCUUGACGGGGAUGUUUACUUCUCCGUUGAAAAAUUCCCAAAUUAUGGCCGAUUAAGUGGACGGAAGGGAGGAGAUAAUAAAGCAGGAGAACGUGUUGAGGUUGAUAUUAGAAAGAGAAACCUUGCUGACUUUGCUUUGUGGAAGGCCAAAAAGCCCGGCGAACCUAGUUGGGAGAGCCCAUGGGGUCCUGGAAGACCUGGAUGGCAUAUAGAAUGGUCUGCUAUGAGUGCUGAGUAUUUGAGUCAUAAAUUUGAUAUUCAUGGUGGUGGGAUGGAUUUGGAAUUCCCUCAUCAUGAGAAUGGAUAGCCCAAAGUUGUGCAGCUUGCCCAGAGAGUGAAAUUACUUACUGGGUACAUAAUGGAUUCGUCGUCAUUGGAACACCUGGAAGUACUUCAAAGAUGUCAAAAUCGUCGAAGUUCGUCACUAUCCGAGAGGUUACUGAAUUGUAUCAUCCACUUGCAUUGGGGUACUUCUUAUUGGCUCCAAUAAACUACUCAGAGCCACAGAUGGAAAUUGCAUCCGAAGCUGUUUUCUACAUAUAUCAGGUAAAUCUGUCAUUAAAUUUAUGUCAAAAUGUGGUCUUUCUCUUAAUUUGUUUAUGGUCCUUUCUCAAUACGUUAUUCAACAAAUUGUUUGUUUACUA